AUGUCGUCGCCUUCCGUUACGACGGGGAGCAGUGAUAGCCCCGACGACCAGGCCGUCUUCGCCGAGACCUUUCUCCUCGGUGGCGCGUCCGACUUGCCGACACUCGAGGCCCUUCGCAGUCCCGGCCACGAUAUCCGGAAGAAGCGGGCUCAUCGGAAAAGUCGUUGUACCGCCGCCACCGAGUUCGGCACCGGGCGUGGAUUCGACGGUGAACCUUUGCACAUGGAGCUUUUCUACCAUGCGUUCCACACCACCAUCCCAGGCCUCACCUUGUACAAGGAAAUUUGGACCGACCUCAUGAAGUUGUCCUUCCAAACGGGCUGCAAGUCGGAAUACCUCGUCAACGCCAUGCUCGCCAUGACGGCACAACACCUGAGCGUAUCACACCCGGAAAUACCCCGCUACCAGGAGGCGGCCAUGGUCCUCCUCGCCAAGUGCUGCGCCGAAUUCCGCCACGUCCUCGACUUGGAAAUGACGGAAGAGAACAGGGACCAAGUCUUGGGCACCGGCAUACUCAUCCACUACCUGUGCUGGUGCGACACGAGCUUUCUCGACGGCCAGCAGCGCAACCUCGACGGCACCUACAGACAGCUCGACCUCUCCCAGGACCGGCUGUUCCUCCUGUCCGAAGGCGUGCGCCACGUCCGCUUCCUCUCGUGGCAGCUGUCCAACCCCGAGGGGAGCAUCUUUUGGAAGCUCGUCAUCGAGAAAAAGUGCGCCGUGCUCCGCGAGGUAUUCAUGCAGUGCGGCCUCGACUACGCCCGUCUGCGACCCAGGGUGAUUGCGCUCUACGACGAUCCGCGGUUUAUCGGCAACGGACGCGACGACUCAUCGGCCACCUCGGACAACGCCGCGCCGGGGACGGCGAAACCGGCGGUGCCGGGAUCCCGCGAAGGGCUCCCGUUCUGGACCGUGCCGUGCACCCACCUCUUCUCGGACGCGCACAUCCUCUCCAUCCUUGCGCUGCAGGUCCCGCCCGCCGAUAACGACAAGAACCCGGUCGAGCAGAAACUCUACGAUCGUCUUUCCUUUGAAAUCGUGGCCGAUCGCAUCUCGCUCAUCAUCCACCUUACCCUACUUCGAGAAGCGGAAAAGGCGGAGGGAGCCCGAAGCUGCUGGAUCUGA